AUGGCGAUUAGGGUAACUAUUUCCCUCUCCGGAUAUGUGGCGCAGAGCAUCGCCUCCUCGGCAUCGAUCCGUUGCGGCGCUAAUUGCCGGCUGUUCCAAGAGUCCGCUGGAAAGUCUUCUCGGGUAUUCCUGUCUGCGCCUGCCUCCCACAGCGCCGACGCUUCCGUUUUCGAUGAUUCUUUUAGAAGGGAUCGCCUGUCUUCUGCCUCCGAAUUCGGGGAUCGGGGAUCUGGUAACCGUAAACGUCCCUGCGGUUUGGGGCGAUCUGCAGCUUCUUGGUCGUCUCCUCGUGUGACCUCCUCCUGGGCCAGUGACAGUCGGUGUAGGCCUCCUCGGGUUGCCUCCAAGCCGGGGGACCCAAAUCCUAAGGCGCAUAUAUCGUCCCGUAGCCACAGCUCCGUCUCCACAGGUCACACUAAGAAUUCCACCGGGGGACACCUAAAACCGUCUCUCUCGGUUGGAAUUAUCUCUGUGAUCUCAGCAUCCGGAGGUGCCAGACACGGUGCCGGCGCUCUGGGUGUCUCCUCCGCUCCAAUCCUGGGACUGAAGCGCACCUCUCUGCUCUCCUUCGUGAACGGGUCGAAGUGGCUCCCCUGCAGCGAGUUUUUCCAAGGAUCUGUGAAGAGUGUGGUCGCCGACAAGGCGGGCAAGGCCGUCGCGGUUUCUUCUGGCGAGAACGACGGCGAUUGGGAGGCAUCCGCUUCCUCUUCAUCCAGCAGCUCCGCCUCAAACGAGAACAUGAUCUACUUUACUGAGAAACCCUACGAGAAGGGCGGCUGGCUCAAUCGGUGGAUCGAUUCACGCUCGCCGGAGACGAAGACUGUCUUUGCAGCUCUGGCAGUUCCACUGCUGUACGGUUCGCGCCUGGCAGAACCGCGAGCCAUCCCCUCGAAGUCCAUGUAUCCGACGUUCGAUGUCGGGGACAGAAUCCUGGCUGAGAAGGUAAAACAUCCCCUUCGCCGACGAAUCCUCUGAUCCCUUGAUUUCACCACCCUCCCCCUCUGUUCUAUUCAGCAGUGAUCGUUGAAUUCCUUGUGCUUUCCCCUCGCUGUGUGCUAGUCUCCCUCUUGGAUGCAUCCAUGAUCGCAAGCUUUCAUCCGCUCACAUCUCGUUUGGCUGAAAUUCUCACAUGAAGUUACAGCCCCCGAUGCAAUUCCUCAUCAUAUAAUUUUUAUAAUUAUUAUUAUUCCCUUUGCACUUGUUUCCAAUCGCAUGAUCUUCCACGAAAGAAGCCCGCUUUUCUUUAACUCCCUGAAGAAUCCCUCUCUCUCAAUCCUCGGUGCUGCAGGUUUCCUAUCUCUUCAAGAGCCCAGAAGUAACAGACAUCGUCAUCUUCAAAGCUCCUCCCGUUCUCCAGGUAGGCGCUGCUGUGAGAUCGAGGGGUUUCAUCUCGAUGGUUUAACGAUCGAUCAUCGCAAGGGUUUCAUCUCUCACCCGUUCCCUUCCCUUUUGGCAGGCGAUCGGCUACAAAUCCGGGGACGUCUUCAUCAAGAGGGUGGUGGCCAAGUCUGGAGACUGCGUCGAGGUUCGGCUGCUUCCACAAUCUCUGAAUCUCUGCCCCCCCUUCACUCUUUCUCACCUUCUUGGCUUGUGCUGGCCAGGUCCGCGACGGAAAGCUCUAUGUGAACGGCAUCCCUCAGGACGAGGACUUCAUUCUGGAGCCCCUCGCCUACGAAAUGGAUCCAGUGGUACCUCCUCCUCCUCCUCAUCAUCAUCAUCGUCCUCCUCCUUGAUCUGCUCGGCCAGCAGAUUAGAGCGGCGCGGAGUACCCUGACAUCUCUGUGCCCUGCUCCUCCCCCUGCAGCUGGUUCCGGAAGGUUAUGUGUUCGUCAUGGGGGACAACCGGAACAACAGCUUCGACUCCCACAACUGGUACGUAUGCUCUUCGUGCCCCAUGAAUUAAAACCCUCGAGGAACAACUGGGUCGUCACUCAACAACCCCCGCCCCCUUCAUUCUCGUUUCUCUCGCAGGGGCCCUCUCCCCGUGAAGAACAUCGUCGGAAGGUCUGUGCUGCGGUACUGGCCACCGGCGAAGAUCUCCGGUACCUCUCAGAGUGCGGCGCUGGGCUUCUCCUGA